CGGACUCACUGAGGGUAUGCCGUUAUAUCUACAAACGCGGCGAUCCUAGCUACUACUACUACUAGUACUAGUAUAUCGUGACCAGUAAUUUCUGACAACGUACAGAAUGCGUCGAAACGUGUUCAGCCCGACGCAGGGCAAGGACCAGGCCGACGACUCCACCAGAGAAGACACCACAGCCAAUGGCGAAAGUCUAGUUAAUGGCGAAAUCUCCGAGAAGAAGCCGACCCAGCGAGCCAGUGGUAGUUUCCAGACAUCUAACGCCACAAUGGAAGAGGACAAAAUGAUCAGUAUCAAGACGGUGACAUCUCCGAUAAGGCCGGUGGAGGCCAACGGCAUCCGCCUGCGAUUCCGCAUGAAAGUCAUCGUUGCUGUGGUCGCCUUCGUCGCCCUGAUCAUGCUGUUCUACCCCAGCUGCAAGACUACCACCUAUCCUGCGGACCGUUUCGGCCAGCAGACGGCUUACAACAGCACGUACCCCAUGACCGCGCCGUGGUUUUCCGACAGGGGGACUCACUACCGGAUCGCUCUCAUCACCGAUCUCGACCACGCCUCCAAGAACGACGAGAAGACGUGGAAGAGUUUCUUCAAGAAGGGAGUUCUCGUCAUCAAAGGAGACCGCGUGGAGGUGAUCUGGGAUGAGUCCAAGCCGACUGUGAUGACCUCAAGCCUUGCUCAGGGCGGGAGGUCCAUGGAGCUGUCUGAACUGACUGUGUUUAACGGGAGACUGUACAGCGUGGACGACAGGACAGGUGUUGUCUAUGAGAUAGUACAGACGGGUGACAAGACUGUGGCUGUGCCAUGGGUCAUCCUGGGGGACGGGAAUGGGCGGUCCACAAAUAAGGGUUUUAAAGGCGAGUGGAUUGCAGUGAAGGAUAAUACAAUGUAUGUGGGAGGGCUAGGAAAGGAGUGGACCACUACUACAGGUGUUGUACAGAACACAAAUCCUCAGUGGGUGAAAACCAUAGGUUUCCAUGGAGAUGUUGCCCACCAUGACUGGGUGGAGAACUACAACGCCAUGAGAGAAGCUGCAGGGUGUAGCUACCCAGGAUACAUGAUCCAUGAGUCAGGAGUGUGGAGCGACAUCCACCAGCGCUGGUUCUUCCUCCCCCGCCGAGCCAGCCAGCUCAGCUACAACGAGGCUGACGACGAGCACAGGGCCACUAACCUCAUCAUCUCCUGUAGCGCAGACUUUCAGGACAUCAGGGUCCAAACUAUAGGGAAGCUGAACCCCAUCAGGGGAUUCUCCUCCUUUAAAUUCAUUCCAGGAACACAGGACCAAGUUGUGGUUGCCCUGAAGACAGAGGAGGACAGGGGUGCAAUAGCAACCUUCAUCUCAGUGUUCAGGCUGGAUGGGAAAUUUCUCCUCACAGAUCAGAGAAUAGAAGGGGACUUUAAGUAUGAAGGUGUUGACUUUAUUUGAAACUUUGUGUCUCCAUUUCAGAUCGAGUAGCCUGUGGCUUUAAAUUGCUUUGUCUAAUGAUGUUGGCAGAAUGCUUCAUUUGAAAUUAAAGUGAAAGUAAUUUGUGAAAAAGUACCCUGAAAUUGCUGUACGUAACACCACUCAGAGAGCAGUUUGUAACAAGUCACAUUGACGUGGUAUGAGAUUGAAUUGCUGGAAAUGCAUUUAAGAUUUGUGGUGAAGCAUUUUGAUGCUACUUUCCCAAUCCUGCUAUGGUAAUUGUUACAUGUUACAAAACUACUGAGGUUUUAUUUUUUUCAAGGCUCCUCUUUAGUCUUAUACUACAGCAGUUCUUAAAAGUAAUCCCCCCAAAACCCUGUAUUUUUUGGUUUUGUAGGAAACAAUUUUGGAAAAUUCAUUGACAUGUAUUGGGGGUUGGGCGUGAAUAUCAUUAUCUUGGUACAAGCAACAGUUUCAUGUGUUGAUCUGUGCUGUAAUGCAGCUGCUUUUACAUUUAGUGCAGUUUGGUGGCAAUACUAUUUUCUAAGAAGUCUUAUGCUGCUUUCAGUUAUAAGUGGAACAUACCUCUCUAGAAGUAGAACUGUUAUAAUGGUUGUGCAUAUUGUAAGACAGAAGUGUUCUUAGAUGUACAGUGCAUCAUACUAUGCAAUAUGAAUAAGAAAUUACUAAUAAAGUGGUGUCUCUAAAAAUAUAAAAACCUUUUGAUGUUAGAUUGCAUAAAUUCCAUUUAACAUGAAGAAAACAACAAAAUCAAGUGUAUAAAAGACCUUGGUACCACUUCAAAUGAACUACAAACGUACAUUUGGUUUCUAGGCAGAGUAUUUUUAAACAGAAUUUUUAACAUGUUGUAUAACUUUAAUGUAGGAAGUACAAGUGUACUUUAAGUAUCAAGUUAGUAGCAAACAAGUUCAUGGAUGAUUAGUGACAGCAUAAACAGCCCGUGUCUUUCGGUUUGGAAAAUACUUGUUUCCUGCAUUGUUUGACGUCAUGCAGAGAUUUAAGUGGCAGGUACACGGUCCCUGAAGGAUAAAGGUUAUGGUCAUGCUGACUCAUGCAGUGGACAAUGUAAACAAACCAUGGAUUUAACAUGACAAAAUUGAUCAUAUGAAAAGCUAUGUUAGAUGCAGUUAGUCCUCACAUUGAAGGCUACUGAAUUUGCUAUACUUGACAUGGUAUAUGUAUAUGGGAGUACAAAAGGUACACCACUUCAGCAUGAAAGCUGACAAGUUUGUAGGUAAUAUGAUGAAAGGUUUGAUAUCUAGAAUUUAGAGAUCUACAACAUUGGUUGAACAUGUAUGGAUUCCUCAAUUAUUUUAUUGGUAAGUCCCAUGAAUUUGGUAUCUUUACACAGAUUUGGAUGUGUACAUCAGAUACAUGUACUGUUUUGUUCAACAGUUGUUUUUUGGUGGGUGCAGGAAUAAAAAUGGUAAUGUUUAACAGGGAUACAAAAAAAUCUUAUGACGACAUCAUGUGUUUUGAAUGGAUCAAAGUGUUUUCUACAGGGUGCAGGACUAAAGAAUUUGUGAAAUAAAAUUGACAUUGUAGAAAAUU